GUCUGCAUCCUCAACUCUGAUCAACUCUCCACUCCUCGCUUCAGUCCUAGCCUUCUCGUCGUCAAGAUGGCCGCUGCAAUCAAGGCAAUCAAUGCGAAGAUCCGGUCUAACAAGGCCCUGGACUACUUCUGCUCCACCCACUUCUGGGGCCCUGCCUCCAACUUCGGUAUCCCCAUUGCAGCUGUAAUGGACACUCAGAAGGACCCUGAAAUUAUCUCCGGUCAAAUGACCGGUGCUCUCGUUAUCUACUCGGGUACUUUCAUGCGCUACGCUCUUGCCGUCUCCCCCAAGAACUACCUCCUGUUCGCCUGCCACGCCGUCAACUUCUCCGCCCAGCUUACUCAAGGAUACCGCUACCUGAACUACUGGAACUGGGGAGGCCGUGAAGCCCAGCUCGCGGAGGCCGCUAAGCAGGGCAAGCAAGCCACCGAAGCUGGCGCUUAAAUAACGCCAUCUUCUCUUUUGUUCCGUGUUCUCUCAAUCUAUCGCCCAAUGCCGCUGGCUGCGCGGCUUAUGAAUCAUUUAUAUCUCUUCGGCAGCACUUCAUACCUACCUACCUACCUAGACAAUACCACAAUGUCAUGAUCGAAGUGGUCUAGGCCAAUGGGAAAAACAAUACUUCGCUGGGUAAGGUGCAGAGCAUGGUUAUCGAUGGCUCUGGCUAUUUGUAUUCUAACUGGCGCUGAAAUGGGUAGUAGUGGUUGGAUGGGGUCUGUUGUUGACUGAGAUUAUUUUGUAUCUAGCAGCUGGGCAUGGCGGUUGUAUCUGUAUAUAGACUUUUGCUUUCGCGAAUCAACAAGAUGUAGACAUUGACAAUUACGC